GGGCGAGGGACUCCGCAAGCUUCCGGGAUCUGAGGGGAGCAGGUGUCUCAGUGAUAACUAUUCUCUGGACUGAAUCCUGAAUUUGUCUUGUUGGUCAAAUGAUUAAGACAGUUUAUCUUCGUUCCCCCACAGUCCCCCCUUUUUGGAGAUAUAUGUGAAAGGGUUAGAGGCCUUGAUGUUUGAAUAGACAAGAAACCAUGAGUGGAGGAUCUCAAGUCCACAUUUUUUGGGGUGCUCCAGUCAGUCCACUGGAAAUGACAGUAUCACAGGAACCAGCUUCUUUAGUGUCCACUGCGGACCCCUGGAAAGAAAUUCAGCUUUUGUACAAUCACCAUUCCUUACAUCUGAAGGAUGAAAAAUGCAGGCACAAAAGUGUUGAGGAUUAUCAGGACCUGGAACCUCUGGACCCUCCAGAUCUUCCUCAUGGUCAUUUUCCAGCAAACUCUGUGAACAGAUCUGUUCAUGUGAAAGAUGACUUCACACAUUGCAUUUCUGAAACACAAACUGUAAAAUCCCAGAAGAGUCACCCCUUGGGGUUGAGUGAUAGAACCAACUCCAGUGAUCAAAUAUGUGGAUUUAAGGCCAGAUUUCAACAUUUAACUGAAGAAGAAAAGUAUCAAAAGCUUUUCAGUGAACAUAAGAAAAUCACAGAUGAACAGCAUAAAGAUCAAUCAAAUAUACAUGGUCAAAAUGUUCCAAAAAAUUCCUUUCAGUUAGAUCAUAAGUGUGCAGCUAUAUUGGAUGUGGUCUGUGGUGCUGAACAGACUAAUACGGGGCCAGGGGCUAUGGAAACAAACUGUGCACCAACAGAGCAUCAAGAAAUACAAAACCAGUGUCUGGAAUUCUUUUCCUCUAGCACAGUAGACAAACCAAGGCCUGAAGGAACAGUUAGGAAGGUCUCAGGCCUUAAGAUAUCCACUGAUACUGAAUUUCUCAGUGUAAUGACCUCCAGCCAGGUUGCUUUUUUAGCUCAAAGGAAGUAUAAAGGGCAGAAUUCUGUAAAUAAAGGAACCAUUAAAAUGGAGAUUGAACCAGAGACAAGCCAUGGGGAAAUAAGAAUAACUGAAGAUAAUUUGAUUCAGCCCAAUGAUGAUUCUACAGAAGGAUAUGAAGGUGGACAGAACCAAGCCUGUUCCCUUGAACUUUUUAGUCCUGUUUGUCCUGAAACAAAAAAUAGCCACAUUCUCUUGAACACCGAUAAAGGUCUUGAAGAAAAUAUAGGAUCUCAAGAACUUUUCAGUUUUGAUGAUAAAUUGCCACCAAAUGAGAUACGCAUUGAGUCAUGUAGCUCAGGAAUACUGUGUUCCCAACUAAAUACCUUCCACAAAAGUUCUAUUAAAAGAAGUUGGACCUCUGAAGAUAAAUCAGGCCAUCCUCAAGCUCUAUCUGAAGUCCCCCACGUCGCUAGGAAAAUCAAGUUGAUUUCUAAUGAGAGAGAUCAUACUGUAACAAUGCACCAGAGGAAUGUGUCUGGAUUUAAGGGCAUUAAAAAAACAUCAUUAAUAAAAAACUGUGAUUCUAAAAGUCAGACGUAUAAUUGUUUAGUCAUGGUGUUAUCUCCAUGUCACGUGAAAGAAAUAAACAUAAAAUCUGGACCAAAUUCUGGCUCCAAAGUGCCUUUAGCAACAAUUGUGGUAAUUGACCAAUCAGAAAUUAAGAAGAAGGUUUUUCUGUGGAGGACUGCAGCGUUUUGGGCACUUACAGUGUUUCUUGGAGAUAUAAUUUUACUCACGGAUGUUACUAUUCAUGAGGAUCAUUGGGUUGGUGAGACAGUACUGCAAUCAACAUUUACCAGUCACUUAUUAAAUCUUGGGAGUUAUUCAUCUGUCCAUCCUGAAGAAUAUUCCAGUAUGGUUAGUGAUACUGUACUUCAAGACUUACUGGCAUAUGUGUCUUCAAAACAUUCCUAUCUCAGAGAUCUUCCUCGGAGGCAGCUUCAGAAAAUGAGCAGUAUAGAAUUUGUAGAAUUGGAGCAGCUUCAACCAGACGUGUUAGUCCAUGCAGUUCUAAGAGUUGUUGAUAUCAUUAUACUGACAGAGGCAUUAUACAGUUAUAGAGGACAGAAGCAAAGGAAAGUUAUGUUAACAGUGGAACAGGCCCAAGGUCAACAUUAUGUGCUUGUAUUAUGGGGUCCUGGAGCAGCCUGGUACCCUCAACUUCAAAGGAAAAAAGAUUGUAUUUGGGAAUUUAAAUAUCUUCUUGUUCAGCGCAAUUGCAUCCUAGAGAACCUAGAAUUGCAUACGACACCAUGGUCAUCUUGUGAGUGCCUGUUUGAUGAUGAUAUAAGGGCAAUUACAUUUAAAGCAAAAUUUCAAAAAAACACACCCUCCUUUGUGAAGAUGUCAGAUUUAGCGACACACCUAGAGGAUAAGCGUUCAGGAGUGAUUCUAAUCAAAGCCCAGAUUUUAGAGCUAGUGUUUCCCGUUACAGCAUCUCUGAAGAUAGCUCUAAAUGCUCACAGUUCUCUGAAGAUUAUUUUUUCUUCUCUUCCCAAUAUUAUAUAUACGGGCUGUGCAAAAUGUGGAUUGGAACUAGAAACAGAUGAGAACAAGAUCUACAAACAAUGUUUUAGCUGCUUGCCAUUUACCAUGAAGAAAAAAUACUAUAGGCCAGCUUUAAUGACCAUAGUUGAUGGAAUAUAUAAGGUUUGCGUCCAUGUAGGAUCAAAGCUGAUAGAGAAGAUUCUUCUCAACAUUUCUCCUGACUGGCUCAACAGAGUUAUAGCCCCUCCCUCAGACGUCACCUACGACCUGGUCGCCGCAGACCUGCUCCAUGCCUUGCUGGCGGGCAGUGGAGCACCUUGUGUCCUGAAGGUGCAGAGCCUCUUUGUGUUAGAUGAAAACAGCUACCCACUACAACAGGAUUUCUCCCUCCUGGAUUUUUAUCCUGACGACAUGAAGCACGGGUCCCAUGCCCUUCUCUAAGACCAGAGGAAGAAACUGCAGGCACUUCAAGGAAGAGCACUGAAAUGAUUUGUCUUUUGAAAUGAAUGACAGGGCUUUAGCUCAGGGUUUUAAAAUAAGUAUAUUUUAUAAAGAGAGUUGUGUUAAAGGUAUUAAUUAAAACUUUUUUUU